GCAAUAUACAACUCAAGAACAAAAGCUUUCACAUGGCCUCUGAUCGUCUCGGUACCCUGCUACAAGCCGGAUCGGCCCUCCUCGACACAAGCGCUCCUGCUCAACGUCAGACGCCAAUUGCAGGACUUUCUACGCGAUUGCAGUCUUUCUACCAGAUAUUAGGCGAACGCCAUGAUAUCCAGGACGACAUAUCGCUUGAUCAACUACAACUUGAGACCGCACAGGUUGCACUGCUUGUGGUUGAACGCGUGCAGCACCUUCUCUCGCUACCAGACGAAGUAGAUGAUCCCACUCAAGAAACUGCGCCAAAGAUCGGUACCCAUGACUUUGCCCAGCUCCGCACGUUACUUUCCAUGUCUUUCAACUGGAGUGUCUCUCCUCUUCUCGGCCGUAUCUCUCCUGCACGCCCUCAGGCGACCUCUGCACACAUAGUUGAUGUUAACGCGAUUCGAGAAACCACUUCUCUGCUAUGCACAUCUGUCACUAGACACUUUGCUCUCCUCUUUCCUGAUGGACCUGAAAGCAAACUUCCUCAGACUCUUAUAACAACUACGAUCAUCACGAGGCACGUUGCAGAUCUGCUCAAACCGUCGAUAACUCUCGGUUGGAUGCCUCGUUCUGUUGAGUAUGAUGUUCCUCCGCGUAAUCUUCAACCUUUAGUACAUCGUCUACUGGCCAUUCUUCCUCCGUCUCAAACGAUCGCUGCGAUCGGCUCUAUCCUAUCCUCUGGGCCGCAUGCGUUCCCUCAUGUCCCCAAGGUGUGUUCAUCUCUCUUGAGCGAGCAGCUUCUCCGGCGAGAUGGUGUGCAUGGCCUGGUGGCAGCUGUUUUCGGGGAAGGAGAAGACGUAGAGGAUGCUCCUCUUCCAAAGCUCGAGCACGUUGCCCGUAUCCUCCGGACUGUCCCAGCUGGGAUGAAGCCCAUGGAGUAUCUUAGUGCAAUUGUACCUCGUGUCCUUGCCCUUCUAUCUGAACCAGGCGUCCCAUCAGCUUACACGCGUGCGGCGGCGUUCGCGCUUGCACGUAUGAUCGCGCCUACAGGACCUUAUCCUCAUCGCGCCCGUGUUGCAGCCGUCGUACUCCCCGUCCUACAUGGACCGCUUCUCAAUGUAGAAGUGUUACCUUCAGGCGACGGCACAACUCCCACUGCUCGCAAAGCGCUCGAUGCCUUAUCGACGUUGCUGCUCAAUGCGGAUCCGUCCCCUACACUAAUAUCCACCUUGCUCACUCCCGCCGUUCCCGCGUUGUAUGCGUUACUCUCUCAUCUCGAGCGCGUACGUGCUUCCGAUGCACUUCUCAAACCUUCUGUUAGAGGCCUCCUGAUGACCUGGGGACGAGUCAUUGAGGCAAAAGAAGCCGUAGAUACUCUAUGGAGCAUCAUCCAAGGCGAAGGGAUUCAUUGGAGUGUUGACAUAGCAGGCGAAAUCAGACGCGUCGAAGUGUCGAACGAGCCGCCCAAGCUUUCAUUGCUGACGCCCGAAGACUUGCGCAAGGAAGAGGAGACCGGCGAGCUCGACGCUGACUUCCUGGACCUGUAUCCGAACCCUACGCACUUCAUUGAUCUCCUCAUAUCGCUGGACCGUACGGACGUAUCUGCAGAAGUCUUUGUACGCCUCUUACAGGCAUACCACGAGACCAAGGUCGUGCAGGAAGAUCAUGAUCCCAUAAAGGUCCUGCUGUACCUCCAACUCAUCAUGCAGAUGCAGGCCCGCUCGUCCGACAACUCUUCAUUCAAUAUCCUGAGCAAGCCUGAUCAUAUCCUGCAAUUUGUCAGAUAUGCACUUGACUCAUCCGCGACUUCUGAGUCGGCGUCUACUGCGCAAAGAAGCGGAACAACUGGCGGCGGAUUGUCUCUCAAUGACUUGCGUAUUGUCGAGGAGGAGGAAGACGAGCUCCAUGAGUCGGAUGGAGACAGUGAUGAUGAGGAAGCAGUUCCUGGUACAGAAAGCACACAGGAGGCAAUGACGCUCACAGCAAUCAACUUGUUGCUCGCGACGCUCGAAGCAAAUCCAGGCCUCUCGGCUCGCGACACCCCAUCGCUCAAUGACAUCUUCUCCGCACUUGAACCCGCCAGCACAUCUUCGGCGACGGAAAUACGCACAGUCGCACGCGAGGCGCGUAUGGUGCUUACAGCCCGUCUUGCCUCGACAUCAGCAUCUGGCGCGUUCGCUGGCUCUUCCCGCACGCGUCGCGGUGUAUCCGAGAACGCACAGGAGGUAUAUCAGAAGGCUCUGAAGCUCCUGCAAGACCCCGUACUGCCCGUCCGAGCGCACGGCUUGUUGCUUCUGCGAGAGCUGGUCAAAUCGCAUGCGCCGACGCGCAGAAAGCGCCGUGACGGCGAGCGUGAACAGGCCGAGGAACAGUUAGACCGCGCACUCGUCCCCGCGAUCCUCUCCAUAUUUAUGCAGUCCGUGCAGGAUGACGAUUCCUACAUUUUCUUGAACGCCGUACAAGGUCUUUCGGCUAUGGUCGACAUGUUCGGGAAGGAGGUUCUCCAGGGCCUCGUCGACAACUACUCGCAAGGACUGACUGGUAUCUCGGCGAGCGUCCUGACGCAACAAGAUAUCGAUACGCGUGUACGGAUCGGGGAAGCUUUGGGUCAGGUAAUACGAAGGUGCGGGAAUGCACUAAGUAUCUACGUGAAUAUCCUCGUGCCACCUCUGACGGCGGUAUACCGCUCGAGCACAUGUCCAGUACUUCUCCGGAGCUCGGCCAUCUCACUGCUCACCGAAUGCAUUAAGACAGACCCUCUUGCGCUCCUCGGAUACGCAGACGACAUAUCGAGCGCAAUGAUUGACCUUCUCCAGCUCGAGUCCGUCCAGGCGUCCAAGCUACCUAAGCCACAAAGCCAGGGCGCAGAGGAAUCAAAAGGCACAAAGCCCAAACCUGAUGAAACACUGGACUCCAAUCCGGCGUCUACGAACGCGAAAAUACCUUCGUUGCGCCGAGCUGCGCUGUAUUUCCUUACUCUUCUCUUCAAGACGGUCACGGAGGGCGUAUACGAACAGAGCGCUCACGUUGUCCCGCCUCCGCAAGCGCUUCUCAGACGGGCCCAGACGACCCUAUCUUACAUAGCUAGGACGGACCAGGACAACGUAGUCAGAGUAAUGGCAAGGGAGGCCAACGAAGGCGUCGAGCAACUUGAACAGGCAAUGGUGGGGUUGUAGAGAUAAUAUACACGAUGAUGCAUAGGUGGUUUAGUUGAAUAUCGGGAGUACAUGUAAAGAUACAAGAUGGUGUAUGUUCGCCCCGUAUCUGUCUCGAAUGCAGUAAUCUUGGCUCGUCCGAGUCAAUGGAAGGGCAUAUGUAUGAUCUCGGUUCUAUACUGAGAUGUCUCCCGGUGAAAGGAGAGUCGGGACUGCGCCGCAAUACGUGCAGAUGGCCGAAGCCUGCAAUAUCUCGGCGCGCCAAAGAACCUGGGCGAAGUCUCUCAGAAACUUGGGUCUUAGCUGCCGUAGGCCAACCGGGAUCAUACUCAUGCUAUGGGUCGAGGUUCAUCAUAUACUCGUCGUGCUAACAUUCCCCAACAACCGGGCUACCUCGUCAAUGCGCUGUCGGAACUUCUUCCACUUGGGAUGUCCAACGUUAAGCGAUUGGUACUGUUCAGUGGACGAAUCGGGCGGCGCCUCCAGCCGCAAGAACGGAUUCGAUACAGCCUGGAAGAACGCCAUAUGAAGGGCCUUGAAGGU